CCUUGAAGCAACAUGGCUGAAGUUGCUACUGAUGCACAUUUACUUCUUGGCAAAGAAGUGGCGAGGUAAACCAUGUUUUGCAAUUUUUUUUCCACCAGAUAUUGGAAUUAAAAUUAUCCCCUUACUAUUUGUAAAGAAAAAUUCAUCAAAUACGCUUUGUAUUUUGACAUUUGUGUGAUUCUCGAGGUUUACGUGAUCGUUUGGUCACCUUGCACGUGCCUAUAGUGUGAGUUUGUUUUACAGUUGUAAAGCACUGUCUGAUGUCAAUCUCAAUUGAACACUUACCCAGACGGCCAUGGGCUAGAACUGAUUUUAAUAACAGCAUGAAACAUUCGUUGGAAAACAAUAAUGUUUUGGUUGUGGAAAUUAAUUAAUCUCGUUAAUUAGAGCGCUGCGUGGUGAUCACGCCUCACCCAUAGGGAUCCAAUUUUAAACCUCACUACAUGGUGGUCAUUUAGUGAUCACUUGUAUUUGAUAGACCCUUGCUGCGUUUCCUUCGAAUGUAAGCCAAAUUUUCCUCUUUCUCAAACUAUUUUUGCCUCAUCCUCCAAUAUAAAUUUAUAUUUACUUAAUCCAAUUUUUGUUUAUUUUUUUGGGGGGGAGGGGGGUUGUGACCUUUAUAUCCUGUUCACUUCUCUUUCCUUUUUCAAAAGCAUCUUGGAAAGUUAGUGAUGUAAUAUGUAUUUAAAUUAAAUCAAUCCAGUACCUUUAGGAACUGCUAAAGUUAGUGAUGAUUUUAGCCUUUUAAUAGAAAUUCCUAACUAUUUAACACCCAUGAGUGAACAAGACAGAAUUUCUCUUUACAAUAUCAAUACAAAAUCAAACAGACAGUCAAUAUUAGAGGAUUGUUAGUUUAUCCAAUACCAAAUUCUCCAAGCUAACAUCAGAAGAAUUGUAUUGGAGACAGUAAAGAGAAUUCCUGAUGAGAUCUUGUUAGUGAAAGGGUUAAUUGAUCAGACAUUUUUACCAAAUGCUACCCAAUGUGGUUAAAUUUUAAUUUUCAAGAUUCUGAACAAUGACUAUUCAAGGCUUUAUAAUGCAUGCCCAAUAUAGCAUGUACAAGGGUGAGACUGUGGUGAGGUCAUAAACACGAUGUGCAAAUUUAGUUAAGGCUGUCACAGCUUCAUUUUCACAACAUUGGGUCUCACAGUAGGAGUUGAGAUCACUUGUGCACAGGAAGUGGCCAGUAAUAUUAGAAAAUCAGGUCAUUUCAGUUGUGUUUGGCACAGAUUGUAAACCUGCCCACUGUUUGUUAUUUUUGCAGUGAGAUUCGUCAAAAGUUGAAAGAAGAUGUUGCAGCCAUCAAGGAAGAAAACGUAGGGUUUAAGCCAGGCCUUGCCAUUGUUCAGGUAUGGUGUCUCAUUAUCAUUACAGAGCUGCUUAUAAAAAAGCAGUGCUGACCAAAACCGCUAGCUGGUAUCUUUGUAUUAUAGGCUAUAUAUUUCUUGCAAUUUUAGUUCUGAGAACUUGAUGUUACAUGUAAGGAAAUCUUCUCUCUCUCUUCUCAGUACUCCUAUGCUUGACAAUUUAUUGAAAUGUGGGAGAAAUUCCUUUCUGAUCACUACUGGGAGUAAGUGGCUAAGUUGUUCUUUGUAUGAAGUACUGUUUAUAGCUUUGCUUUUCCUUCAGAUUGGCGAUCGAAGUGACUCAACAGUUUAUAUCAAGUCUAAAGUCAAAGCUGCAGAAGAGGUAAAUGUAAAUAUUGAAAGUGAAACUGGAUGGUGAAAUUUUGCAAGCAUUAAGUUGAUCUACAUAUAUAUCCAACAUCAGUCUGCAUAUUCUCCAUACUGUUCUCUAUACAUUUCUUAAGGAGCUGACAAGGAGAAUUUGUUUAACAAUCAAGAGCUUCUUUAGUUAGUGAUCAUUUUCUUUAUUCUCAUGGCUUAAAUGUUUGAUUGAGAAGUUACAUUGUUAAGAGAAAUUACAUGCUGGUCAGUCUUAAGGGUCAUAUGGUUAACAAAAUUAUGAGUAUGCUUUUUUUUAUAGAUUGGGAUGUUGGCAAGGCAUGUGAAGCUUCCAAGAACAUGUACUCAAGCAGAUGUGAGAGUUAUGUUUAUUAACACUUACUUAAUAGAUUACCUGAUUAAAUAACUUCAGUUACAUAGUGUGGUUGUACAGAUGAUGUGAGUGUAAGAGGUGAUUAAAGUGGUGACAUUGUGGUUGUGUUGCUUGGAAUUUAAGUUUACUUGUCUGGAAGGAAAAUAGAUUUGUAAGGUCUACUACAUAUUGGUAUGAAAUAUAAAUAUAUGAAAUAUUCCUGUGUUAAUGCCAUUCAAUUCUGUGUUAAUUUGUUUUGCCAGGUAUUGAGUUACCCAGAAUUGGUGGUGUGUUCUGUAGUAGCACUUAAUCAAAUAUACCUUAAUCCUUUACACCCUAAGAUCAUUAUGCAUAUUCUCCAUACUGUUUUCUAUACAUUUCCUAAGGUGCUGACAAGGAGAAUUUGUUUAAUUAUCAAGAGCUUCAGUACUUGUUGAUCAUUUCCAUUAUUCUCAUGACCUUAAUGUUUGAUUCAGGAGUGAUACUGUAAGGAGAAUUUAGAUGCUGGUCAAUCUUGAAGGGUUAAAUUGUGCUGUGUUUCUGUUGCCUGUUUCUAGGUCAUUGUUAUAAGCAGUCAAGUAACCUGGAAUAGAGCUUGAUUUAAGCAAACAAAAGUAUUAGUGGUAACAGCGGAGCUCACAGAGCAUAGCCCCAUAAUUAUACAAAAUAGUAGUAACCCAUCAAGCCGAAAAAAUUUGGAUGUACGACUGUAAGACUGUAUGAUUGUACGACUGCACAACCAUACAAGGUGUUACUUUUAGCAUGCGUGGUCAACUGUGCCGCAGGCACACUGACGCCACAGCUUUGUCCAGUAGUCCAGUGGUCAGUGUACUGAGCUCCGAGUCAGACAACCCGGGUUCUAGUCCUGGCCGGGGCAAGGCGUUGUGCCCUUAAGACAUGUGGGGAAAAAAAAAUGUGAGCUCUGCUUUUAGGCUUGGCUAAAUCUAUAUAUUAGAAAAGAAGGCUAUGGAGUUAUUGUAUGCUACUCUCAUAUGCAUCCUGUUGCAUAACUUGUAAAUUGCAUGUUUUUCUUGUGUUCUUUUACCAUUAGGUUCUAAAAGCUGUUGAUGAGCUGAACAAAGAUUCAACAAUUCAUGGCAUCAUUGUUCAGCUUCCUCCUGAUUCUGAAAACCCAGUUGAUCCUGCAAUUUGUACCAAUGCUGUAGCUCCAGAGAAGGAUGUCGAUGGGUGAGAUUUUCCCCUUAACUCUCUAACUCCCAAGAUCUGAUUGUUAAUUCUCCCAUCUGGCUGUUACACAUUUCCUUGUAAUUUAGUUACAAGAAUUUGGUGUUAUAUCAUAAUAACAACCUCUCACUGAUAAGUCUGAUUAUUCUCAAUACUUGUUUGUUGGAUUUUGUAUGGAUAUUGUAGGGAGAAGCUACAUAUAAAUCACUUCUGGGAGUUAAAGGGUUAAGGUGCUCACCAUAGAUAUUACUUUAUUUUCCUUUAUUAUUAAAUCUCUGCCUUUCUGGAUUCUUAAAGCAUUAAACCUUUACACCCAAACACCAAUAUGCAUUUUCUUCAUACUGUUCUCUAUAAAUUUCUUAAGUUGCUGAUAAGGAGAAUUUGUUUAACAAUCAAGAGCUUUAAUUGCAUGGUGAUCAUUUCCUUUAUUCUUGCAACCUUAAUGUGUGACUCAGGGGUGAUAUUGUAAGGAGAAAUUAUAUGCUAGUCACACUAAGUGGUUAGUCAGGGCUAACAGCUACAUGGUCUGAAAGAGUCUUGUGAGAAUCUUUACUAGGGAUGGUAAAGGUUUUUACCUUAGAUCUCAGUAAAUUUUGUAAACUGUUUUCGUAUCUGUAUACAGUAUUAAUUUUUUCGGGUGAUUUCUUCAAUCAGUAGUUUAAUUUUUUUCAGUGUCUUUCCUUGUGAGUCAACAUUUUUUGGGGGAGGUGGGUUUGGAAAAGGGCACAAUGAUUUAUGAAAAUUUUUCUUCUCUCUCCCUUUCCUUGUUGGGUUUUUACUGAGAGAACUGUAGGGGUGUGCUUUGUUUUGUAGCCAUAUCAUGUUCAGGCCAGAGCUUCUUAGUUUCCAAUGUCUGCUUGACUAACAUUACUACAAGUUGUCGUUAUAUUUCUGAUCAUGUGCUAAAGAUGAAAUCUGUUUUUUAUACUUGUGAUUCUGUUGAGCGAAUUGAGUUUAAUGUUUUUGUCCCUCUUAUAUCAUUAAAUCAAUUUUUUAGCACAUUGUUAUGAUAUGUCAUUUUGUUAAAGGUUGCAUGACGUGAAUGCAGGAAAGCUGUCCAGAGGAGAGUUAGAUGACUGUAUUGUGCCAUGUACUCCCAGAGGCUGCUUGGAGUUGAUAAAAAAAUCUGGUGAGUGGCAUUUAUCAAUUGCAAAUAUUUCAAGGAAUUUAUCACCAACAUGAAGUAAUGCAUUAUAAUUAUGAGCACUAAAAGUAUGAUCUUCACCCUAUAGUUCAUAUCACAGUCAUUGGGUUUUGUUUUAGAACCCUCUACAUGUACACCCUAAUAUCAGUAUGCAUAUUCUCCAUACUGUUCUCUAUUAAUUUCCUAAGGUGCUGAUAAGGAGAAUUUGUUUAACAAUCAAGAGCUCCAUUACUCGGUGAUCAUUUCCUUUAUUCUUAGUGUUUGAUUCAGGGCUGAUAUUGUGAGGAGAAUUUAGAUACUAGUCACUCUUUAAGGUCAAAGGGUUAAGCCUCUUCACCCUGACAUCAGUAUGCAUAUUCUCCUUACUGUUCUCUAUACAUUCCCUAAGGUGCUGAUAAGGGGAAUUUGUUUCAUAAUCUAGAGCUUCUCUAGUUGGUGACCAUUUCCUUUAUUCUCAUGACCUUAAUGUGUGAUUUGGGUUGAUAUUGUAAGGAGAAAUUAGAUGUUAGUCACUCCUAGGGUUUAAAGGGUUAAAGUAUCAAACUUGUCAAACAGGUACAGAAAUUGUUGGAAAGGAAGCGAUAGUUCUCGGAAGAAGCAAAAUUGUGGUAAGUAAACCUGCAUUUCACGAUAUCUUGAAAUGACUUUUCACCUGGAUGGUGUAAUUCUAAAGAUAUAUAAUUCUUAAUUCUCUGAACUGAUUCAGAAGGAAAUUUAUAGCUGCUGGAAGGGAGAUCUUAAUCAGAUCUUAAGCAUUCCUUAUUUCAUGAUCAACAGGGAUCUCCUAUGGCAGAUCUUCUCAAGUGGCAUAAUGCUACAGUGACUACAUGUCAUUCAAAAACUAAAGAUUUGCCAGACGUGGUAUGUUAUUAGUUGUAACUAUUAAGUAAUUGUUGACUGAAUAUUUGAUGGUGUGGUCUGUUUUUCUCAAAGCAUUCAAAUGAUAAGCUGAAUUAUAUGCAAACGCAUGCAUUUCAAUUGGUUGUUACUUAUGAUCUUUGAUCUAACGGAUCCUUCCAACAUGCUGUUAGAGGAGGUCCUGGGGCAUGCUCCCCUGGAAAAAUCUGAAACUCUCCAAGACAUUAUUUUCAGUAUUUUGGGACAUGCAUAUAUUUGAGUAACUUCAUUUAGCCAGACAUUGAUGUUAGGAUCAGUUCAAAAAUACUUAUUUUCUGUCUGUGAUUGUAAUUCACUAAGUAGCCGGGGCUUACUGGCUUCAAGUGACAACCUUGACACAAAGUACUACAUGCUACUUGAAUCUUUUGGUUGAUAGGUGAGGAGGGGAGACAUUGUUGUGGUGGGAAUUGGAAGAACAGAAUUUGUCAAGGUAUAUGUUAUUCAGUGUGUUAUGUGUUAUGAUACAUGUAAAAAGGUACAGUGGUUCCAGGGAUUUCAAAAUGUUUUGAAGUAGGUGUCAGACUCUACAAAAGUAGGUGACUGUAAGAAAGUUCACUAUGAGCCAAAAGUUAAUUAUUUUGACCAAAGUGACCAGUGACAUGUUAUUGAGUAGCUAGCAGAAUUUAUGAUGUUGCUGGCUUGUUUUGAAAGCUCUGUGGUUCACUAAGCAGUAACUUAUCCCAGUGUCUGUAGCAUGAAGCAAGUCAGAGGAUUCCUUCCCCCUCUUUCCCCAAAUGAGUUGCUCAUUGGUCACAGGUUUUCCCCCUUCUCCUUAGCCUUUAUAGAAUCAGGUUUCCUUAAUACUCAUUUUUGUUCCUGGAUAGAGAGGGUUACUGAGAUAGAAGAGCUGUGGCUUAGUGCUAGCUGCUAACAAAAUUUGGCCCUCAAUGAACUUUUAACAGUCACCUACUUUUGCAGAGUCUGAUACCUACUUCAAAACAUUUUGAAACCCCAGGGCCAAUCCCCAGCUGGAAAUAGUCUUUUUGAAUAACACUUCACAUCCUGGCCUGGUCUUGCCCAUAGGACCUAUCAACUUGGAGUCCAGGCCUGGGUUUUUCAAAGCUGGGUUAAGAUAACCCAGGGUUAGUGUGAAAUUUGGUUUCAGGUCUGAAAGCUUUAAAAGAAAAUUCAGUUUGAAUCUUUUUGCUUGCAACUCGAUCAUUGGAUUUUUGAAAAAGAAAAGGGAAAAUUUUUCCUUAAAGGCUUUUGAACAAAGAAGUAGAGAAACCUGGAUUAAAAUUUAUCCUUGGGUUUAAGUGCUAAUUUACCUUCAAACAACUGAGCCCAGAGUUAAACCAAGUAGCUAUUUCAUCUCCUGUGUCAUAAACAUACCUCUAUUGUCCUUGAAUGAUUAAGUGAAUAUUGAAUACUUUUUUAAAUAAGUAUAUGUUAAUAGAUCAUAAUGGAUUUGAUAAAAACUAGCUUUGUUCAUUUUGGUUGAGGUGAGUGGAACCCUUACCAGUGAUAAUUUAUAAUUUAUUUAUUUUUAUUUUGCUUCUCAGGGGGACUGGAUUAAAGAAGGAGCAGUUGUUGUUGACUGUGGAAUAAAUGUGAUUCCAGGUUUGUGAAUAAUAAAGAAUGAUCAAGGUUACAUUAAUUAUCAAGAUGGGUUUUGUCCAAGGUUAUUUGCUACUGACCCUGCAGUAACAUCAUCAAGGACAAUGAGAGAACUUAAGAGGAACUGAAGAUUGCAAUCACAUGUCAGUUCUUUUUUGUGUGAACUUACCUGUGUCAGCAUUUAUUUGGUAACUUGUUGCGUAAUUACAUGCGGUAAUUUCCCCUUAAAUUUUUAGAUGAGACUAAAAAAAGUGGACGUCGCCUUCUUGGUGAUGUAGAUUUUCAAGGGGCAAAGAAAAGAGCAAGCUGGAUUACUCCAGUACCAGGAGGUAUGUUGUGUUCACUUGUGACCAGAGCUGUUUGUUUUGUUUAGUAUGUUUGGUUUUUUUUUGCGUGAGAUCUAUAGACACGAUACUUCCAUUUGUUUUGGACACAUUCAGAAAAUAACCUACCUAUGCUUGAAAUGAUGGGUUGCAAAAGUAAAGUAGAGUGCAAUCAUAUGUGAAGGAUUGCUCAAAAGAAAGAUCAGCUUCUUGUGAAUGACUGUACUCUUGUGCAAUAUAGACUUUGCACAUGUAGUGUUGCUGUAAUUCCCCAAUAUGCUUCAGUUUAUCCUAGUUGUGGAAAAUGUUGAGCCAACACUUAUGCCAGUAUUUGUCUGAUGUUGGCAGGUGUAGGACCGAUGACUGUUGCCAUGUUGAUGAACAACACUGUUGACAGUGCUAAGAGGGCUCUACAAAAACAAAAGGUCUCUCCUACUUUGAGAAUGGGCUUGUCUUUGUCCCCAUUGUUUCCAUAUUUCAGGCGUUUUCUACGCAAAUGAUUUUUCUCUGUGCUUUGCUUAUAUACUGCUCUGCAAAUCGAUUUCAUUCUCCAUACUGCAUUAGUGUUUUGCUUUUCAGGGGGGAACUGGUAAAAUUAAUUUACUGCUUGAAGUGACUCUUCAUACUACCUAAAAUCACAGGAAAGGAUUACACUAAAGUUUUAAAAAUUUCUGUUAAAUGCUGUGCUUAAAAUAAGGGAAAACACUGUUGUAGAUCGAUUGUGCUUUGUCAGUGUUGUUACUAAUGCAUUGUGACACACAUGUAGCAGUUCUUUAUGGUGAAAUGAAAUUUUUGAAAAAGACAAAAGAAUGCAUACUGUAGCUAUUUUCACAUAGAUUUUUAUAGACUAAAAGCUAUUUUCUGAUUGUUGAAACAAAUUGAGAGUAGGAUAAAUGUUUUCAUCGUGGGUCACAGCAGUUUUGUAGGAUGUUGGUAACCAGAAAAAAACUGCCACCUACUUAUUAGAUUUGUCAGAAUUAACACAAAUACCUGCUUUGUCCAGACAUUACUCAUUAAUCAUUACAAAUGAUUUACAAAAAUUAAUCAGACAUUAGCUCCAUUUGAAGAGUACUAAAAAUUGUUGAGUCAAAUUGGCCCAGUGCUCUUAAUUGGGUUACUUUCAAAUUGGUAAUAGAUAUUAUUAAUGAUUAUUAACACAUUACUAAUAAAUGAUUAAUAUUUUAUGUCUUAAAUGCUUACAGUAAGUAUAAACAUGUAUUCUACAUUCUCAUAACAUGUAACAUUCAAGGAAGGUGUAAGAGUUAGGUUUAAAUCUAACUGUCGAAAUUUCUUUAAGGUUUAUUGCUUAUGCAGCCAACUUUCUAGUCUAAGAAUGGUUGUUAUUUUGCAACAGGCUUCAACUUAAGUUUGUUCUGUGACAUGAAUAGGUACACUUGUGUAUGUACAGCUGUAUCUAGAGGAAUAUUAAGGCAAAUCAGUACUUGAACUGUGCUAGUCAUUAAGCCACAAUAAGGGAAAAAAGGAAUUGAGACACUUUAAGUACAAAGAUUGUGAGUGUUCAAUUAUAAAAGUUUAUCUUUUCCUAUUCACCUUGCAUUUUCCUCCUGUACCAUCCCAUUCCCUUCAUUUAGUGCUGUACAAGAACAAUACGGGGCUUGGCAAUGACAAAUCCAACUUUGUUCAGGAGGUUGUGAACAAUAUGAAUCGGAAAGGGGUAUAGUUUGCUCAAUAUACAUGAAAAAUUAGUCAGUGUCUCAAACCUUUUGGAGCUUGUUGUAGCCAGGCAGUACAGGCUCACUGGGAUUGCUUGUAUGUGAUUUGCUGGUUUGCUUGUUGUCAAAACCUACUGAAGGAAAUUCAGCUUUUUUUGAAUUUGCAUUGCAAAUGGAAAUAGUAAAUAAUUGUAGCUCUCAAUGUUUUUGGAGUGAGGGAAGGAGCUGACUGACCAGGUGAGGAUGCAAGACUUGAUAUCUGAAAGAAACACAAAUGAUAAAUAAGUCCCUCAUGACUUAUUUGGUUAGUUAGGAAGAUAAGUCUGUUAUAAAAAGUAUUUUAAAAGUACUCCUUGGUAUGAGGGGAGGGUGGUUUUAAACCUCAAAACUUCCAGAAGUGAUUAACAUGUAACUUCUCCCUUUAAUAUCCAUACAUAAUCCAGGAAACAGGUAAUGAGAGUACUGUACUCAAACAGGUAGGAGUUGUUAUCUUGAACUAACACCAGAUUCUUGUUACUGUUUCACAAGGAAAUGUGUGGCAGCUAGGGAACAGUAUGUGUAGAGCAGGGGCUGUUGCUAACAGGGUGCCCAGGAUGCAUUUUUGAGGUUGAAAGCCUGUUCUGAAACCUUCCACUCAGUUGCUGGCAAAUUGUUAUUUGUCAAACCUGUCUGGUUGCGUUCAUGGGGUGAGGCAGGUGAUAUGGGAAGGUAUACUGGGGGAGGGGGAGGGAGAGCGUAUUUUGUAGGGAAAGGACUUUUUAGCUGGUAUCAUCUGGUACAAUUGGAUUAAUUGUCUUCCCCUGGAUCUAAAUAUUGAUUCUCUGCACUGUUUAUCAUUCAUUAAUGAUACUUUUGCAUCCAAAAAUUUGGUGGGCAAUUAUACAAUAUCCCCCAGUGUAAAUCUUCUUAUGUUAUCACCUUUCUGGUACAAAAUGUAGUAGUGAUCAUGCUCAGCGAACACUGGGGUUGGAAGGGUUGCAUAUUAAUGAACCAGUUGAAGAGACUAUGGUAACAGGAUAUCUCACAGAAGUUAAUGUAUAAAAGUGAAGUCAACUGUGCUGAAUUCAAAGUAUUUUGCUUUGUGAUAUUCUAUUUUUUCAUGUUGGCUUCAAUUGCAUUUUUAAAAAUUCCAUAAUUGAGUCAUUGUGCUGAGAAAGCUGCAGAAUGCGCACCUUGUCCAGGUCCUUCCCUCAUUCCUGGUAAACAUGGUAAAGUGAUCUCAGCUGCAAUUUAUUGGUCAGUGAUUCAUUUUUCAAUCUCUAACAUUUCUCUUGUGUAGAUAUGUUUAAUCACUGUUACAUAGCUAUCAGUUAUUGCCAAUUUAUCUUUAAAGGACUGAGCAAUAUUUCAUCCAAAAAAAAGUUACCUUGUUGAUAUAGACAUUGUGGAAAGAUAUUUGUACAUCACCACUAAAUUAGUUAAACAUGAGUGAAAUUUGUCAAGGCUGACAGAAUUCCAUAGUAAAUGACAGCUGAGUAUAAUUGGUUCUGUGAUUAAAAAAAAAGAUUCUCUCUUGUGGCAUAGGACUGCUCUAAUUACAGUGAGUACUUAAUCAAGAGUUGUUGGGGUUCUCAUAAUGCUGAAUUAGAAAACCAUUGUCUUUCAUUUGAACCGUCUUUGCCGGUCACUUUUAAAUUCUAUUCAAUUUAUUUACUUGUAAUUUGAUUACAGUAGGAUUUGUUGAAACUUGUACAUGUACAAUGCUUGAGUGCUUGAAAUAAAUUCUACUUUGCAUUGGAAUUUUUAUGGGGUCGAUUCAUUGUGAUCAAAUUAUUUACUAAUAUUAUGUGUUAGGGUGUUAAUUAACAUGUUAUGCAUUAAUGGUAAUUACACAUAUCAUUCUAACCUUGAUGCAUCUUUGAAUGCCGAGAUGUACAAUUAAAGGUUCAGUGAAUUUCAGGGAAUGCUUUAACGCUUUAACUCCCAGAUCAAGUUUGUAAUUCUCCUUACUUUCAACCAUACAAUUCGUAUAAUGUUACUUCAGAGAAUUUAGUAUUGGAUGAAUUGAUUGUCCCCAAACUGAUAUUUUUCUUAAUUCUCAUUACUUACCUGGUUGAUAUUGUGGUGAUAUUGUAAGGAGAAAUUCUGUGUUGGUCACUCAUGGGAGUUAAGGGUAAAGAUCAUUUUUCUAAGUGUUAUAUUGUUUUUUUUUUCCUUUGAAUUGUUGUCUUGCACCCCCCUGGUCAUCACUCCUUUGCUCUGUGAGUAAAUUCAGCUCAAUUCUUCUAUAGAAAUGCAUAAGAAAUAUAUGUCUGGAAUAUCCUUUAGAGGUCCUUUUUGCCAAAGGUUUUUCUUUGUUAGUUGUUAAUUUAGUUGUCAAAAUAAUCAAGAUGGAAGCAAAAUGAACAUUUUUAUGAAAUAAUGGGUCACUCUUGUUACCAGCUGAUCAGUUCUUUUUACAGGGUGGGCCUUGGGACAUUCGUUAUCUACCACUGAAUCUUCAAAGACCUGUUCCAAGGUAAGUUACUUUAUCGCUCUAAACCACAUUGUAUGGCUAUUUUUUUUUUUGGCGGUUCAAUUUUUUAUUUGAAUACAGACAGUAAUCCAAGAUUACUUUAUUCAACUUUGUGAAUUGUUCAAGAAAAUUCUUGCUACUCUCUUAACAUUCAAAUGCAAUUUAACUAGUCAGAAUCAAUUAUGGCUCAAUCACGUUCUUUCAUUUUCUUGUGCUUCAGUCAUUUAACUUGUUUUUAAUUUUAUUUCUUGUUGGCUGACAAUACACCCUAUUUUAAAUUUAUGAUUUACUUUAAAUGUCUGGUAAUGUAGGAAAGUCAUUUGAUUAUUACUUUUGGCUAAGUGUGUUGCAUUUAAUUUGGUGACAUGUAUGUGAUAUUUUGAUUAACCCUUUAACUCCCAGAUCAAAUUUGUAAUUCUCCUUUCUGUCAAUCAUACAUGCAAUUCUUAUCAUGUUAGUUCCAAGAAUUUAGUAUUGAAUCAACUAAUUAUCCCCAAAUUGAUAUUUUUCUUAAUUCUCAUCACUUAUCUGAUUGAUAUUAUAUUGAUAUUGUAAGGAGAAAUUCUGUCUUGGUCACUCACGGGAGUUAAAGGGUUAAACAAGGUUUUGUUGUUCCCUUUUUAGUGAUAUUGAUAUCUCAAAACAUCAAGCACCUAAGAAGAUUUUCGAACUGGCAAAGGAAGCUACAAUCCUUGAUUAUGAGGUAAUAGUUGCACCUAUAUCAUGCCCCCUCCCCGCAAAAACACUUCAGAUAGGAGAGUGUUGUUUAAGCCUUGAAACCUGUACCUUUUUGAGAAAAAAUAUGUUCACUUUGCAACUCUGUGUUCAUCAGUGAUGUGUGUUCAUCAGUGAUGCACUUGACUGUGCUUUGUAUGUGCCACUUUUUUGUUCUUACCACAUUUUCUUAAACAUUUUCUGUGAUAUUGAACUGAAGAGAUGUAUAGCAACCUGGAAUUGAUUUGUCUAAGCGACAUCAGGCACAGAUAGUUUGCACAUGUAGCAUUUUUCUUUUUGGUUUUUGUAGAUUGAGCUCUAUGGAAACAAGAAGGCCAAAGUUUCCCUUGAUGUCUUGGAAAGACUCCAAGAUCAAUUAAAUGGAAAAUAUGUUGUUGUUGCUGGGUGAGUUGGGAUCUCUAACAUGUGAACUGUUUUUAAUCAGUAAAAUCUUGAAAGGUAGUGAGGUGUUGUUAUUGGAGUAAAACUUCAAAUGGAGUGUUGAGUACAACUAAUACUUAAAUUAAUUUGAAAAUUAUUUAAGUCCUCUGCUACUUAACUUGUUAACCCCUAAGAGUUACCAUCGUCUAUUUUUUUCCUAUAGUAUCACCCCUGAAUCAAACUUCAAGGUCAUAAGAAUAAACAAAAUGAUCACCAACUUAAGAAGCUCUUGAUUUUCAAACAAAUUAGGAAAUGUAUAAAGAACAGAAUGAAGAAUGGGCAUACUGAUAUUAGGGUGUAGAGGGUAGAGAGACUUAUGUCAACAUUUUUGUCUUGAUGAAGGAUGACCCCCACCCCAUUUGGAGAGGGGAAGAGUACAACUACAAUAGGCGUGGCACAGGCCAUGGGUGCACAUCUCAAGAAGAACUGUUUUGCCUGUAUUCGUCAGCCUUCCCAAGGCCCUACAUUUGGGAUCAAAGGUAAGGUAAUUAGAUUUUAGAAAUCACAAAUCUGGGCCCAGUUCUGUGAGGGGCAGAUAGCAGUAUCCAACAGAUAAAUCAUAUCCAGCAUAUAAGUGAUUGUAAAACAUCAGCGCUAUCAUCCAACCUUCCAACAACCAGGACUUGAACUGUUGUCAUCAUGAUAAAUAUAAAAGUCAAACAUCUAGACAAAGGCCAUUCUGUAUGACUGGUGAUCAAAAAUGAACAACAAAGAAUAUCUUUUCAUUUCAGGUGGAGCAGCUGGAGGGGGCUAUUCACAGGUCAUUCCCAUGGAAGAGGUAAGCACCAGGAGUCCACUCAGGUCUUUGUGAGUGAUCAUCAGUACACUGCGUGGCUCAAAUGAUGAUGCUCUGUUCUACUACACUCUACUUUAAGUACACUUCAGCCUAAAGAAUAAUCACAACCUGCAAUGCCAUAUUGUAAAUUCUCUCCUUUUUGUCUACCUAGUUUAACCUUCACUUGACUGGUGACAUCCAUGCCAUUACAGCAGCAAACAACCUUUUGGGUAAGUUAUAAGUGAAUGAUAAUAUUUUUUAAAGUAGUUAUGACUAGACAAGGUUAAAACCCCAUUUCUGUUAUAUUACACAAUAAAAUACCUGAGUUACAUGAGUGCCCUGAAUGGUCAAAACCUUUCAUUUAUUGCACACGAAAACCCAUAGAAAACUGUUUAUUUUAUGAAAACAAUAGACCACACUAUCUACUGAUAACCUAAUAAACUAUGUAGGAUGUUGGAGGAACAUGAGAAAAGUUUGUAAAUCACAAGCUGGAGACAUAACUAAACCCUUUAACUCCCAGAUCAAAUUUGUAAUUCUCCUUACUGUCAACCAUACAAUUCUUACAGUGUUAGUUCAGAGAAUUUAAUAUUGGAUCAACUAAUCAUUCCCAAAUUGAUAUUUUUCUUUAUUGUCAUCAUGUACCUGGUUGAUAUUGUAGUGAUAUUGUAAGGAGAAAUUCUGCCUUGGUCACUCAAGGGAGUUAGAGGAUUAAAUCUCAUUUACUGGGUUACCUCAUUCUCUGGGAAUUUUGUUAAUAAGGAAAAUGGAGUUACAUGUACUGCAGCUGCAUGUUGAGAUGGAGUUUGAUAUGAAAUCUGGAAUACCUCUCUUUCAGCCUCUGCCAUUGAUACAAGGAUGUUUCAUGAAUCAUCCCAGACAGAUGAGGUGUGUGUUUUUGUGACAGAGUUGCUAACUUAUUGAUCAUUUUUUUUAGCUUUUUUUUUUCUAACUAUAAACCUCUCUCAGUAUAUGGUUAGACAUUGUGCUGUACACCCAGACAGGUUGAAGAUUACUGUUGCAGCCGAAAUUCAACUUGAAUUGUAAACUUCAUGAUGUGAUUGAUCAACAUGCAACUUUUCCUCACAAUAAUAUAUUUUUUUGGUUAUUACCAUGUCCUUUAAACUGCCAAUAAUGAUAUCCCAAUGAAACAUAAAAUAGUGUAAAAUAAUUUACAAUGCAAUAGAUCAAUUUGUUAAUCAAAUGACCUUGUCAAGGAAAUGUUUGUAAUAGCAGCUACAAAAGUGGAAGGUAGAAUUACUGUAAAUCAAAUCAAGAGGGUUAGUGAUCAUGAAUUUGCAACACUCUCUCUCACCCUAAGGGUGACUGGCUUCUAAUUUCUCCUACAGUAUCACUCUUGAAUCACACAUUAAGGUCAGGAGAAUUAAGGCAAAGAUCACAAAUUCAAGGAGAUCCUGAUUGUCAAACAAAUCAUCCAUGUCAGCAUCAGAGAAAAUGUGUAGAGGACAGUUUGAAGAAUAAAUGUUAGGGUGUAAAGGGUUAUAUAUGUUCAAGCAUGAAAAUGUAUCCCCAGAUACAAAAAACCACAGUACGUCAAGGAAAGGGUGGAAAAGCAUGAAAGUAUGUUUCAAUCAAAUUUAAAUUUUUCUCUUUCUGUCCAAGGCCCUGUUUAAUAGGCUUGUACCUGAGAAACAUGGAAAAAGGGAAUUUUCAAACAUUAUGCUGGGAAGGCUGAAGGUAAUUUUAGUUAAAAAUAAAUAUAAAUUCUAAGUAGAUUAAGUCAAGUUUAUUCAGACUUUUUUCAGAAGGGAAUGAGUAAAAAUAACACAGUGCAGUUAUUAUUACUUUUUUUUUUCACUCUUCCCCCUUCCCCCCCCCCCCAAAAAAAAAGAGAAAAAAAAUAUGAAGAAACUUAACACAAGCCACCCAGAAUUUACAUUUAGUUUAGAAUUUUAUUGUAAUUGGAAUCAUAUUGUACUGUACAUGAUAUAAGUAUCUUGUAUAAUUUGUUGUAAGUAUUGCAAGUAACUGUAUGUCCUGCGGUUAAUGCAAGUAGAUUUACUUAAUAUUGCAAUGUUAGUGGUGUAAGUAGCCUAUACUGUGCAUGUAAUUGUAUUCUCUGCAAAGAAUUUAUUCACUAUGGUACUGAUGACAUAAGUAACCUGUAUUGUUAGUAAUGUAAAUUUUGUUCUGUAAGUAGAUUGUUGUAAUCAUUACUAAAACAAAACAAAAAAACCACAGUGAAAUACCUUCUUUCAGACCUUCCUUGCUACUGAGAAGAUUGCUACCCUCCCCCCCCCCCCCCACCACUAACUUAACACUACCUAUCCUGCAAUACAAAUGAUAAAGUGUUCUAACUUUAGUGUUAGAGAUCUUUUAUUGUAUAUGCUUGUAUACUAGUUAUAAUGCCAUUCUGUUUUGAUACUCCUAGAGGCUUGGUAUUGAUAAAACAGACCCUAAUGAGUUGACACCAGAAGAGAUCUCAAAGUUUGCACGCCUAGACAUCGAUCCAGACACCAUAACUUUUCAGCGAGGUAAUGUAAAUAAACUGGCAUUGUAUAAUUGUAAUAUAAUAUUAUACUUCCCUUUAAACAAAACAAAAGAAAACCUUAAAAAGGACAAUAUUGAUUCAUUAUUCCACUACUAUGCCAUUUCACAAUAUUAUAGGGCAAUGACAUGCACAAAAUAUGCCACUGUGUUACACUGUAGAACAGGGCAAAAAUAGCAACAAAAGGGAGCAAAGAAAAGGCUGCAUAGAGCAAUCCAUACUUUGUUUUUGUUCCACUUUCUUGUCUUGGCUUUUAUAGCAACAAACUUUUAGGCAUAUCAGAUUUUUGUGUCAAUCAUAAAAUCAUGUGAAAUGCCCAGUUGUUGAGACAAUAACGAAGGCAAGAGUGAUCAUGUGAAAAUUAGACUCAACCCAAACUUAGCUCUAUAUGGACUGACAAUUGAUGGCAUUUUGGAUGUCUAGGUCAUUAGGGAUCACUUCAAUUGGUUUUUAUUUAAUUUAGAGCAGUAGAAAAACCAAUUUGAAAAGUAAUCACUGUGAGCAGUCAGAAUAAAGGUUUGCACUAUCAUUAGCCAAUGAGAACUCAACCUAAAAACCAAGCAAACUUCUUGAGGAGUAAAAGAACAUUAUUGUUUUUUAGUUUUGCUUCUGAUUGGUUGACAGAUUGGUGCAAGUUGAUAGAACCACAAAGCAAAGUUAAAUAGAACCAAAACAAUCCAGCAUUACUUUUGACACUCCAGUUAAAAUUGCUGACUGGUCAUCCUGAUUACUUGAACUUGAGCAUCAAUUGGAACAUUGCGAGUGAUUGACCAAUCAGAGGGAAGUUGAAAUAAAUACUGCUGCUGUAGUUAAGCUUUUCUAAUAUUGGUUACAAAUGUACCUGUUUGGUUGUUGUAUAUUUUUCCUCUUACAGUGAUUGACACAAACGACAGGUUUCUUAGGAAGAUUACCAUUGGUCAGUCAGCUACAGAGAAGAACUUCACACGUCAGGUAUUGAUAACUAACUUAAUGGCUUGUGUGUAACAUUUGUGUUGAAUUGUGGUUAUAUUGGAGGUUGUUUAUUGGGAAACUUUUCUCAUCCAUGUGGUAUCAAUUUUUGCAGACUCAGUUUGACAUUACUGUUGCAAGUGAGAUUAUGGCCAUCUUGGCACUGACCACUGAUCUGAGGGAUAUGAGGAAAAGGUAUUAAUAGUGAUGAUCCUAUUGUUUGUUCGUUUUUUUUUUUUUUAAUUACCAGCAACCCUUUACACCCUAACAUCAGUAUGCAUAUUCUCCAUACUGUUCUCUAUACAUUUCCUAAGUUGCUGAGAAGGAGAAUUUGUUUUAAUAAUCACAAGCUUCUUUAUAAAUUGGUGAUUAUUUCCUUUAUUCUUGUGACCUUAUAAAUGAUAUUUGGGUGAUAUUGUGAGGAGAAGUAAGAUGCUAGUCACUCUUGGGGUCAAGGGGUUAAAGAAACAGGGGAAUAUGACUUCUUUACAGGGGUUUCAAAAUGUUUUGAGGUAGGUGUCAAGCAAAAGUUGUUGACUGUGAAAAGUUCAUUAAGGGCCAAAAGGUAAUUUCUUUGACCAGAAUAACUGGCAACAUGUUAUUAAGUAGCUGGCGGAACUCCUGGAGUCACCAGCUUGUUUUGAAAUCCCUCUAUUUGAAUCAAAGGUCACAAGUUUACUGCUUGUGUAGCCGGCAAUCUGGUAAAGAAAUCACUCGAUAUUACAUCGUUCUCCUCUGAUGUACCUCAAAAACCUGUCUUCACUUCUCACAAACACAAUUUUGUAAAACCAUACUCAGACUGAACAGGUUUCUUAUCUUCAAUGCAGGCUUGGUAGCAUUGUUGUAGCCAGUAACAAGGUUGGGGAACCUGUGACAGCAGAUGAUCUGGUAAGUAUAAUUUUGUCAAUAAGACCUCAGUUGGCCCAGGUAGUUUGUAUGGCUUCAAGAUGACCAGCCUGCUGAAGUGGCCACAUACCAUGUCUGAUCAAAUGGGAAGCCCUCAAGAGCAUCAAGUUUAUAAAAGGUCUUGAUCCUUUCUGUAUGUCCUCCAGUAGUGCCCCCUUCAUUAACAACCCCCCUCCAUGCUGAGCAACAGUGCUAGUUGCCUUUCCUUUUGGUCUCAACCCGUAAGCCCCUUAAGAUUGACUAGCAUCUAAUUUCUCCUUACAAUAUCACCCCUGAAUCACACAUUAAGGUCAUGAGAAUAACGGAAAUGAUCAACAACUACAGAAGCUCUGGAUCAUUAUGCUAAUUCUCCUUGUCAGCACCCUUGGAAAUGUAAAGAGAACAGUAUGGAGAAUAUGCAUACUGAUAUUAGGGUGUAGGGGGUUAAACCAAAGAAAUGCAUACUACAUGUCUAUGUUUUUCUGUCAGGAAAAGAAAUUGGAAAAUCAAAUUUAACUAGUCUUCCAUUUGACUAUUGUUAAUCUUUCUUGAGAACCUUUCAACUGUCUAUGCUAAAGUAGAUGUUUUUCUGGCUUAUGUGAUAAGUUGUUGAACCUCUCCACUCUGACUGAUUUUUUUUUUUUCCUGCUAUUUCAGGGUGUUGGUGGAGCACUGACUGUUCUCAUGAAAGAUACGAUCAAACCAAACCUCAUGCAGACAUUGGAGGUAAGAUUUCUGUAGAUUAUGAACUGUCUCUCCUUUUUAGUGAAGGCCAUAGCUCAAGUCAAAAAAACAUCAACCCAAAAAAAAUUGAAGUAAGGGUGCAGACCUGUGGAAGGGAAGUGUGCAAAAAGUAGCACCUUAAUCCUAGAGUUCUGCAUGGCAGACUAAUAUUUAUAUAUAUGUAUGUAAUUUUUUUUUUGACUUGUUGAAAAGGAAGGACUGCUUGUAGCUUUAAAUAUCUCAGAAAUUGGAAUAACUGAAAAGGCAAGCCAAAAAAAAAGCAACAUCAAAAGGAUAACCCAACCACCAAUUUUAGUCUUUUUAUGGUACGAUGAUACUGUUAAAUUUUACAAGGCAAAAUGAAGCAAUUUUACCUUUGCCAAUUUCCAGUACAGCAAGAGUGUUCAAAUGUUUCCUCUCUUUGUUAUUGUUAUCAUUUUUUUCAGGGCACUCCUGUCUUUGUGCAUGCUGGACCAUUUGCAAACAUUGCUCAUGGAAAUUCAUCCAUUCUUGCUGACAGAAUUGCUUUGAAGUUGGUUGGACCAAAUGGAUUUGUUUGUAAGUAAUUACAUAGUAUUGGAGAUGUUUAUUUGGGUACCAACUCCCGUAAUGUGAUCAUUAUUAGAUGAAAUUGUGCAAAAAAAAAAAUCUUUAUGUGUAAUUUUUUUCCUUUCUCAUUUUAGUCACAGAGAGUGGUUUUGGUGCAGACAUUGGCAUGGAGAAAUUCUUCAACAUCAAAUGCAGAUAUAGUGGUAAAGUUUAAAAUUUACAAAAACUUUGAUAAAAGCAGAUAAUGUUAUUUACUGUGAAUGGGGUUUGUAUGGGAUGAAACUGUGCCAUAGGUCUUGCAUAUGGCUCAAGUCUGAAGGCUGACGGUUUUACUCAAGACCAAGGGCACAGUUUUUUCCCAUAUGGACCAAUUUAGACUGGGAAAGGCUCUUUUUUUCCUCGUGGUUUGCUUUUUUCUGCCUUUGCCUGAUUGGUGUGGAGGCGAUUCCCAACCAAGGUUGAUGGGCUUUGAGAGCAUGAUUAGCCAAUCACAUUUGAUGAGUUUAAUUGCGACCCACUGAGAUGCUUCAGGAAAAAAGUUUAAACCUAUCCCUAUAAAAUCCCACCAGACUGUCUAAAUUUGUAUCACUGCUGAGGGAAUUUUGAUCAGGUUUUAUUGAAACAAAACCUCAGUGAUCACUGCAGCCAAUUGGAACACAGAGAAGAAUCACAAGGAACCAAUAGAGUGAAAACAAACAAACUUCCUGUUGCACUGGACAGUAUGGGUCACAAAAUUGCUUAUGGUUUUACCUUUUUCAUGUGAUUGGUUUGGGCAUUUAGGCAAGUUUUUAGACCAAUCAAAGAGAAAACUAAAGCAAAAUCAAAUGCUUUCCCUGAUAACUUCAGUCACCAGAUUUGAAUUGUCUUGUUUUUCAUACCUCCAAUGCAGUCCUUAAUAUAUUAAUAAAAUUAUUAUUAAAUAUAAUUUUCUAUUUUGCAGGUCUAACUCCCCAUUGUGCCAUCAUUGUUGGAACUGUCAGGGCUUUGAAGAUGCAUGGUGGAGGACCAAAGGUGAUUGAGUUGUGCUUUUUUCUAAGUUUAUUUUUCUUUUUUUUUCUUCCCUCUCUUUACUUUAGGAUAGCACCUUGUUCUUUGAACCAAAUGAAGUGCUACUAAAGCCAGAGUAUAAGCUAUAAUCUUGAAAAUUGGCCAGAGUUUUGUUAGUUUUUCGAACAGCAGUUUUCCUAUCUUUUUAGCAGUUGCUGAGCAUGCUAUUUUUAUUUCUCUUUAUUCUGAAGGUUGUAGCAGGGAAACCUCUCCCUUCUGAAUACACCACUGAGGUAAGUCUUAUUAACACUUUAUACCCUAAUGUCAGUUUCCUUAUCCUCCAUACUCUUCUUUACACAUUUCCUUUGAUGCUGAUGAAGAGAAUUCAUUUAACAAUCAAAGAUUCAUAAGUUGGUAAUCAUUUCUUUUAUUCUCAUGAUCAUGACCUUAAUGAAUGAUUCAGGAGUAUUAGUGAAGGAGAAAAUAGAUGCUGGUCAUUCUUAGAGGUUUAAGUGUUAACCCUUUACACCCUAACAUCAGUCUGCAUAUUCUCCAUACUGUUCUCUAUAACUUUCCUGAGUUGCUGAUAAGGAGAAUUUGUUGAACAAUCUAGAGCUUCUUUAGUUGGUGUUCAUUUCCUUAAUUCUCAUGACCUUACUGUGUUUUUAAGGGGUGAUAUUGUAAGGAGAAUCUAGAUGCAAGUCACUCUUAGGGGUUAAAGUAUUGAUGAUUGGUAAAGUGAGGGCUGUUCUAAGUGCCUCUCCACUCAUGCCCUAACAAAGACUUAACUAAGCAACAUUCCACUCUGGGAUGUUGUUACAGUAGCAGCUGUCUGAUAUGUGUAGGUUGUAUAAUACCUGGGUUAGUCUGCCUCCUGUGUCCACCUUCAUUCAUCAAAUAUUCUUGCUCUUGCUCUGGAAUAUGAUGCAAUAGAAAUUAGAUUUUAAUCAAAGGCUGCUCUGAUGUUGAAUAACUCAACAGACCCUGUGUAAGUUAAAGCAGUUUAAACUCUUCUGAAAUGAACUGAUUCAAAUUCUGCAAGUCUGCCACCAUUAAACUUGCAAAUUGAGGGACUUUGGAACAAGCUUUUAAAAUCUACAUUCCAGCCAAUUAAAGUUUUUGUUAUAAUCACAGGACUUGCUAAUGUUCACAUCUUUUCUCAACAGAACUUUGAUCUUGUCAAGAGUGGAAUGGUGAACCUUGCCAAACAAAUUGAGAAUGCACGAUUUUUCGGGGUCCAUGCAAUAGUUGCUGUGAACCGUUUUCCGUAAGUAGUGUCAAGGCCCUUGUAGAAGAGAAAGUCUUCCUUCUUUCAGUGGCACUAAAGUUUUCAGACUAUUUAGAGUUGGCUUUUCUUGUUUGUUUUGUUAGGAGUGACACUGAUGCAGAGAUUUCCUUGGUUAUACAGCUUGCCAAGGAGGCUGGAGCUUAUGAUGCUGUAGAAUGCACUCACUGGGCAGAUGGAGGUACAUGUAUCAAUAUAAACCCUUUACAUCCUAAUAUCACUAUAUAUAUUCUCCAUACUGUUCUCUAUACAUUUCCUAAGGUGCUGACAAGGAGAAUUUGUUUAACAAUCAAGAGCUUCAUAAGUUGGGGAUCAUUUCCUUUAUUCUCAUGACCUUGAUGAAUGAUUCAGGGGUGACAUUGUAAGGAGAAACUAGGUGCUAGUCAAUCUUUUGGGUCAAAUUGUUAAAGUUCUCUAUACUAUUUUUUUUGGUUUUGUUUGAAAUUGGGUAAAAUGUGUCAGGAUAAUUAAAAGAUAAUCACAUAUUUCAGGGGAUGUUAAGAAAUUUUUCUUGCUCGCUUGCUUACAUGCAUCUCAUUGACAAGAGGUUUGUACUGAAUGAGGCUGUUGAUCUACAGGCAAGGGUGCCAUGGGUUUGGCUGAAGCAGUUCUUAAAGCAGUAGAGGAACCAGUUGACUUCAAGUUCCUUUAUGACUUGCAGGUAUGUAAGCUCUGCAGUUUUACUCUGCACCAUUCUUUCAUCUUAACAUCAGAGUUACUGUUUGCAAAAAACGUUCAUGAAUUGCACAUGUGUAAUCAUAAAUUUGUGGAUGAUCACUGUAUCACUGACCUUUCACAGUUUGACUUGCUACUUUAAAAAAAAAUGCAGAAAUUAAGUUUGGAUCUGAAUUGAAAAUAAGGGGUUUGACAGGGCCUGAAACACUGCCUACUAUAGAUAGCCAAAUGUUGGUAGGGAGUCCAAUCAUAAUGGGGUUCUGCCUUUCCUUUAUUAAGUAAGUACAUGAGUAAGUAACCCUUAUUAGUGUAAUCUUUGUAAAGGAAACCUUUGUUGAAUGCAAUUCUUUAGUUACCAAUUGAAGACAAAAUGAGAAUAAUUGCUCAGAAGAUUUAUGGUGCAGAUGACAUUGAGUUGUUGCCAGAAGCUCAGAAGAAGGUGGAACGCUAUAAAAAGCAGGUGAAUUUUUAAUUAGUCUGUCUUUCCAGAAAAUGUAAUAUUUUUGGAAAUAGUUGUAUCUUAUUAUCUCUCCAUUGGGGAAUGGGGACCACAGGCUGCCUGAUUACGUUUUCCCUGAAAAGGAGCAACCCCAGUGGUUAAUUGGUGGAAGGUCUCCAUGAUACCAAAAUUUAGAUUUUUGACAGGGAAAAGGAGCUUCCUGGGAUGUUCUAGUAGGGUUUUUUUAAGUUUGUAUAAAAUUGGCAUUGAGUAGGGUAAAACCUCAAUAUAAUUGUUUCUAAGGGCAGGAGAACAGUGCAUAGGUGAGAAUGAAUGUAAAGAAAAAUGGGGAUUCUCAAGGAUGCUGAAGAUUUAGAUGGAAUACCAAUGACUGACUUAAUCUGCAUCCUGUGUUUGUUUUCUGGAAAAAUGCUUUUUUAGUUAACAUAGUCCCUUCCAAACCCCUCUGUUAGAUGUUAUGCAGGGUAUAACUUUUUUGUUGUAUGGUCUAUUUCUUUAACAGGGUUUUAAUGACUUGCCAAUAUGCAUGGCCAAGACUCAUUUGUCACUCUCUCAUGACCCUGAGUUGAAAGGAUGUCCCAAAGGUGUGUAGAACUAUAAAUGUCUUGCACUUCUGUCAUACCUGACUUCAGGUUGCUUCAAUCUGUAAACUCACCUUGGGAUAACUUUGUAAGAUGAAGUCUCUGGCCAGCCUUGUCUCCAGUAUCUCUCCUCUUGUAACUCAACCUUCUUUCAAUUGCAUCCAUUGCUUCUUUUGUCCUGCCCCCCCUGGAUAGAGAAAGAGGGGAAGGAGGAAGAGAGGGGUAUUCCGCUCCUCUUGGGGUAUUAGAGAAAAGCAACCAUGAGAAUUGUUUCUCUCAUUGUACUGAACACUUAUCCUUUGCAGGAUACCCUUAGCAGUUUAAAGAGUUUUCCUGACAGGUGUACUGUUAUUCAAUGUACACUCCUGGGGAUAGUUGUUCGAAGGCCAAGUAGCAUAACCCAGAAUUAACUUUUUAUCUGGGUUUCUUUAUUCCUUUUUUGAGAGGCCUUUUUGGGAUAAAUUUUUGGGGGGAGAGAGGAGGGAGGAGUUAUCAUGCCUACAUCUCCAACCAUCACUUUCAGGAAGACAAUCUGCUGGCCUAGCAUGAUACUUUAAAUUCCUUGCCUUCAUUAAUUCAAUUUCUUAUACAUGUUUUCUGUUUUGCAGGCUUUGUCCUUCCCAUCCGUGAUGUUCGAGCAAGUGUUGGAGCAGGGUUUCUUUAUCCAUUGGUUGGCACUGUAUGUAUUUUUUUAACAUAUUUCAUUACAUCUCUUCUUUGCAACUGCUAUUUGGGCUUGUCGCAACAUGCCCACAGGGAGGGUGUGUGUUGCAUGACAAGUACAAAGCCAUAUGCUGUGGCCUGUAUUGCACAUUACUGCAUCUGCUGGUAGUUUUGUGUCCGCUUUGAAGUAAUGAGAGGUAAAGCCACAAAUUUUCAUCCCCAACCUCUCCUGGCUUCACUGCUUGACCCUUCAGAGAGUACUUAAAACUGCCAGCCAUGCAGACUAAGGAGACAGCUUUCCUCCAAGGAUGAUAUGGUAAGAAAGCCCUCCAUUACCUUUCACAUGGCAUUCCAGCUCAGUAAAACAAACUGUUAUUAUUUUUGUGUGUUUUUUUUUCUUUGAACGUUGCAGAUGAGUACCAUGCCAGGCUUACCUACAAGACCUUGCUUCUACGAUAUAGACUUGGACCCAGUCACAGAAGAGGUGCUUGGGCUGUUUUAGGCCUCCACAUACCAGAUUUCUUAGCAACAAAGGGAACAUACUGUUUAAGAUUUAUAGCUUACAAUGUAAGGUUUAAUUUGCUGACCUCAACUGCCCCCCCCCCCAAAAGAAAAUGGAAUGUGCCAUGUGAUUGAGUAGGUAAUACCACUGACCAAGAAAUGAAGGCUCAAUCAAACAUGCCAACUAGCUGUAUUUUCAUACAUCACAUAAUAUUAAGUCAUUAAAUUGUGUUAAAAGCCUUUUAUUCCCAUUUUCUUGUUGACCAUAUAUUACUUCUCUCAGCUAAAAACUCUUGUUAGUUUGUGUAAGAAAGUUUGCCAUGCUCUCUAGAGAAGUGCACAUGAUUAUUCCAAAUAAACCAAGGGAAAAAACGCUGAAAAUUUUAUUUCAUGCCUCAGCGAAAACAAUUCUUUUUAAGCUGAUAAGGUAUCCAAACAACCUCCAAGGUCCAGGUUCCUUUUUUUGUAAAACCCUAGCUUUAAAUGCUGAGUGACCCAGCAUGUAAAUUCUCCUCACAGUAAUACAGCUGAAUCUAUCAUUAAGAUCAGGAGAAUAAAGGAAAUGAUCACCAACCAAGGAAGCUUUGAUUGCUUAACAAAUUCUCCUUUUCAGUUCAAGAGGAAAUGUAUAGAGAUAGUAUGGAGAAUGUGGAUACUGAUGUUAGGGUGUGAAGGGUUAUUGUGUGUAGUCAAGUGAGAAUGCAGAAAAUUUUAACUAGGAAAAUUUAUCUUAUUAGUAUAGGUAAUAACACAAUUUUGAAUGCAAUUUGGUAUGAAUAAGCACAGGCAAAUUUUUCAAAGACAACAAAAUUGCAUGGGCCUGUAGGGCAAGCGCAAUUUGUAGGCUGAAAAAUUUACAUUAGUGCUUAUUACACCAAAUUAUGCAAGAAAUCAUGUUAUUACCUGUUGAUAAUGUACAUGAAAAAACCUUGAGGCAAGACAGACAAAAUAUUUUGAAAGGGUGUGUGUUUCAUGCAUUUGCAAUCAUGUUGCAUGAGGAUGCACUCAUUUUUUCACGCAGAAUUAUUGGAUGAGGGUGCUCAGUCAAGGGGGGCACUAGAGGUUUCAUUUCAAAGAGCUUAAACUUUGUUUUAGCUAAAUCUUUAAGAGAAAGACAACUUUUGUUAACAUUGUCCUCUUUGAUGUGAAGUCAAUAUGGAGAUAGAACAGUAAAUGGAAGUCAUUUUUCAGAUAAGAAACUAUUCUUCUGUACUGAAUCCUCUAGUUGAGUUAAAAGUUAAAAAUAAAGUCCAACUGGCAAUAGAAAUGGGAUUUUGUGUCCUGAUUAUUUAACCCUUGAACUCCCAAGAUCUCAUCAGUAAUUCCCCUUACUGUCUGCCAAAUGAUUCUCAUUGUGUUGGUUUGGAGAAUUUGGUAUCGGAUCAAUCAGUAAUUCUAGCUAUGAUUGAUAUUCUUUAUUCUCACAACUUGUCUAAAUGAUGUUGUAUAGAUAUAGUAAGGAGAAAUCCUGUCUUGGUCACUCAUGGGAGUUAAAGGGUUGAGAAAGUGAAGGAGGAGAGGGGAGACUCAUGUGAGAGGUCUGCUUGUUUGAUGUAAGGGCCCAGGAGUUGGGUGCUCAUUUGUGGGAGGGUGUUUAAUCAUGUAGAUUGAGGGCACUUAUUGGAGGAAAUACUCAAUUCAAAAUGGGAGUGCCUGCUCAACUUCUCCCUGUCCCCCUCCCUGCCCAUCCCAGAUGGGUGCAAAUGAACCCCACUGAGAUUUACAACAAAGAAAGUGGUUUUACAUUAACUUUAAUGUUUAAUUUGUUAAAUACACAAAAGAUUACUGUAACUUUACAAGCUCAGUAAAUUUAACUUUCUUCUUACAAUACCGUAUUUACCCGUGUAUAAUGCGCACUUUUUUUUCCAUAAAAACCACAGGCGGCCC